GUGUCGGUUCAGGUUCAUCGACGCUCCGCUCCGCACGCGUUGCCUCGAAUUCUUCAGUGCUGAAAAGCAAGACGCGUCUUUUUCGGCCCAAAAUCGAAUUGAAUCCUCGCAGUGCGUUCGCAGACUCCCCCUCCUCGCACGCUCGCACUCUCUCUCUCCUCUCCUCUCCUUGCCCCACUCUCUCUCUCUCUCUCCCCGAAGAGAGUUUCAGUGGUUGGUCUUCGAUUUGGUGGCUCGGUUCGCUGCUGCCGAAGCUCUGCCGACGCCGACGACGACGCCACGUCGGGAAAACCAACCUCUUGCAGUGAAAAUCUUUUCGUACGUUUUCGUUAUUUGUUAUUCGCACGUUGACGCGACGAGACCGCGAAACACGACAAACUGCAACAGCAACUGCAACAGCAAUUGCAAUUGCAACUGUAUCGGCAACAGCAACAGCAACAGCAAUAAUGAUCGCGCGUGCAACAGCAACACAUUAAGUGGCAAGCUUUUCAAAUUCUUCAAGUAUAUAUACAACCCAAAAAUCCAAAACUAAUCUUGCCAAAAUCAGUUUAAGCCCAAGUGAAAAGUGUGUGUCUUACAACCUAUUAAGUAAUAUAAAUCAAUUAAAGCCGAGCAAAACAACACACAAUAAGCCAAACACGCGAACGCAGCAUAAGCACAAAUAAUAGAUAGAAAAAAAAGUGUGAUAUUUUGAUAUUAGCAAUUAGAGUUUACACAACGCAGCCUAAAAAAUAUUUGUUAAAUGUGUGUUUGCCCCCCGCCAGGCAAAAGCUAAAAAUUGGAUAAUGCUUGGAUAAUUCCCCUCCUACGGAAAACCAUAAACAAAAAAAAAAAAGACUAUGCCAGAUCUGCAGCGAUUGGACUUGGCCACCAUCUAAAUCAAAGAGGCCACUCGGUCUCGUCAGUUAGCCCGCAAGAAUCCCCGGCCACGCAGGCUGGAAUACUUUGGGCGGAAUCUGUCAAGGUCACCGCAAACCGACACCCCAUCCCAGCCAGAAGCCUCCCAUCCGCAGGAGACGCCGCCGCUGAAGCCGCAAAAAGUUGACCUCAUGACGAUGGCAGAAGGCACCGACCCCAUGGGGCAUGGUCACCACACGAAUCCGCACAAUCCGCCGCCCCAGCCGCCGCAGCACCAUCCGCACCACCUGCCCCUGCCCCACCCGCCGCCGGCACCGCCCCCACAGCUCCUCAACUUCAAUCACCACCAGCAGCAGUAUCUUCCGCACAUGUAUCCUGCGCCCGCGGCAGCGUCCCAAUCUCACUCCCACUACGGCGGCAUGCAGUAUCCGCAUCCACACCCCCUGCAGCAGCAUCAUCACCAGCAGCAGCAGCAGCAGCAGCAUCAUCAGCACCACCACCACUCUCAUCAUCAUCCGCAACAGCACCACUUGCCACUGGCCCUGAGCCUCCAUCAACAGGCGGCGGCUGCGGCGGCGGUGGCUGCAGCGGUGGCCACCAACAACCACGCCAACAACAACAACAACCAGGCCAGUGUGGCCAACAACAACAUAGUGGUUCCAUGGAAGCAGCGCAAGCGCAAGAGACUCUCGGCGGUGCUGGACAAGCUGCACCACCAUAACAACAACAAUAACAACGAAACGCACUCCAAUGGUCUGGCCUGCAAGGCGGAGCCCAUGGAAAUGGAGGAGGACUUGGCCGAAGAUGCCGAGCAGGAUGAGGAGGAGCAUGACGAGUCCAUACCCGACGAGGAGGACCUCGAGGAUCCAGAGGAGGAGGCCUCUCCUGGCAAGUACAUCAAGAGCGAGCAGCCUGUCAGCGAGGACGAGGAGAACGAACCGGAAAUGGACAACGAGAUGGAGAACGAGAACGAGGACAUUUCCGGCGAGGAUCUGGAGCUGUCGCACAGCGAUGAUAACGAUCAGGAUAGCCCCAGGAUCAGCAUGAGUCCGCUGCAACUGCAGGCCGCCCAGAGCCAUCUGCCCCAGGAUCAGAGUCAGCCGCUCAACAAGGAGAAUCCGCUGCAUGUGGACAUCAAGACUGAGAUCCCCAACCCCUACGAUAGGUACUUCCCGAUACCGUCGCCGCUCUUUGGCUACUACCUGCACACCAAGUAUCUGAACGAGGUGUUCCGUCGGCGUCACGAUCUCUAUCCCUCGCCCCUGCAGCACACCCCAUCCUCGAUAGCCUCCGAGACGGAGACCUCGCCCACAUCCCAGGAACGCAAGAGCAACUGCAACCCGAACUCCGUGUCCAAUCAUAUGUUGCCCCAUGCCCUGCUGGCCAAUAACUCGCCGCCGCCAUCGCUGCCCUCGCCGCCGCGCAGCGAAUCCUCGGUGACGAACAAUGUGGCCACCACCACCAAUACCACGAGCACCACCAAGAAGCGCACCAGUCCCAAGCCCAGGGGCAAGAAGGGCGAGAAGAAGCCCAUGCCGCCGCCGCAGGAGCGUCCCCUGGAUCUGUGCAUGCGCAGCGAGCUGGAGCCCAAGAAGUACAAAAGGUCCGGCUCAAAAUCCUCGCAAGAAUCGCGCUCGACGGCCAUGAUGCCGCCACCGCCGGCCCUGAGUGCGGCCAGUAGCAUGGAGAGCAUGAGUGCCCUGUCGCCGGCAUCGAGCAGCCACUCGGGCCACAUGCCCAUCACCACCGCGGCCACGCCCAACCACCAGCCACCGCCCAAUUCGCCGUACGCCAAUGCCAUGAACGCUGCCCAUGCAGCGGCUGCGGCGGCGGCGGCAGCGAUGAUCAAAAUGGAGAUGCCAUUGCAUCCGCUGCAUCACCAGCAGAUGCACCACUCGCAAGUGCCCACCACCACGGUGGGUGUGCCGGUGAUCAAGGGCGACGUGGCCUCGCCCACCACCAAGGAGACUGUGGCCUGGCGGUACAACCUGGACGUUUCGCCCGUGGUCGAGGAGAUGCCGCCGGGCUCGGAUGUGGCCUACGUGUGCCCCACCUGCGGACAGAUGUUCUCGCUGCACGAUCGCCUGGCCAAGCACAUGGCCUCGCGCCACAAGUCGCGCAAUCCCGCCAAUGACAUUGCCAAAGCCUACUCCUGCGACGUCUGCCGGCGAUCCUUUGCCCGCUCCGACAUGCUCACCCGCCACAUGCGUCUGCACACGGGCGUCAAGCCGUACACGUGCAAGGUGUGCGGCCAGGUGUUCUCCCGCUCGGACCACCUGUCCACCCACCAGCGGACCCACACCGGCGAGAAGCCCUACAAGUGUCCGCAGUGUCCGUAUGCCGCCUGUCGCCGCGACAUGAUCACCCGGCACAUGCGCACCCACACGCGGUACGACUCCAGGGCCGGAUCGCGUGAAGGCAGGGAGGGACGCGAGGGUCGCGAGGGCCGCGAGGGCAGGGACAGCCAGAGCCGCGAGUCCCGCCGCAGUGGCGAGCGAAUGGAGGAGCCCAAGUCGCCCGGCUCUGCGCAUCCGCUGCUCGACAUGAAGAUGAACAUGAACAUGGGCAUGGGCAUGGGCAUGGGUCUCAACAUGGGUCUGCCCAUGAACCCGAUGAGCCUGCUGCAGGAGGAGCUGCUGCAGAAGUCGCAGCCGGGGCUGACCCUUGGAGGACCCAUGCCGCUGGUGGUCAAGACGGAGAGUGCCUAACGCUAUCGCUAUCUAUAUGCAGCAGCAUCCAGGCGAUUCAUGACCUGUUAGUGGGCAUCGUAUUUAAUAGACGGGCCCAGCUUAGUGCUACAGAAAAAUCGAAAAAAAAAAAAAGAAUUCUACAACAAACAAAUCAUAUUAACUAGAGCAGUUUGUACUUGUACCGGAAAUCUCUGCGAAGACUGAGGAACCUUAAUACUACCUACAGUUUAACUAGGCUAAAGAAGCAUCAACUAAUUUUGUAAAAGCGAGUUAGAGGGCAGCACUCAAGACCACCCAACGUAUUAGCACUUAAACUAGUUCUAGUUGCUAGAUCCUUUCGCGUUAAAUGAACCCCCAGGAGUUUAGAUAGCCGGGAUCUUCGAUACAGCUAGCAAUUCCAUGUUCCACACUUAGGCUAUACUAUACACAUAUUUAGAUAUAGAUAACGACAUAGGCAUAGGCAUAGGCAUAGAUAUAGGCGGUCAGAUCCAACCGAUGGUCUGAUCUCUCAGCAUUUUGAGCAACGUUGAAAUUAUUAAGCUAGACUCGCUACAUAGGCUAAUAGGCUUGUCACAUCGGCAGACGGCAUUAGUUUCGUACGCCUACUUUUAAUUAACUCUUAAUUUAUUUGUAACAUUACUCAGCAGCAUGUAAACUUAUACCACAACAAUUUGUAUUAAUUUAAUUUUACUCUAUUUAAUUUAAUUUUAUUUAAUUUAAUUGUAGCCUACAUAAAGACACAAACAAAAGACAAAGAAUUCUCCCUAGGGCUCAAACAAAAAAAAAAAAAAAACAAACA